GUGAAAGGCAACCUCCCACUUCUCCUGCCACGUCUCAAUGCAAGUCUCGUGAGACUUCACUACGACAUAAAUCUCGUUGUGAUGGCUGCACCGCCUGACACGGAGAGUUUGGAGUCCUGUAUCAACCGAGCAACAAACCCUCUGAACAGAGAGACGGACUGGAGCAGCAUUCAUGCAUUCUGUAACCAGCUCAACAAUGACCUGGAGGGACCUCAGCUCGCCACCAGACUCCUGGCCCACAAGAUCCAGUCCCCCCAGGAGUGGGAGGCCACGCAGGCUCUUCUGUUUCCGUUUCCUCCUGAGGUUCUGGAAACUUGUAUGAAAAAUUGUGGAAAAAGGUUUCACAGUGAGGUGGGCAAGUUCCGGUUUCUGAAUGAACUAAUCAAAGUAGUUUCUCCAAAGUACUUGGGCUCCCGGUCCCCAGAACCCGUUAAGAAGAAGGUUUUGGAGCUGAUCUACAGCUGGACUCUGGCUCUGCCCGAUGAGGCCAAAAUCUCCGAUGCCUAUCAGAUGCUGAAGAAACAAGGAAUCAUUAAACAGGACCCGGAGCUGCCACCAGACAAGCUGCUUAAACUUCCUCCACCUCGACCCAAGAAUGCUGUGUUUGAGGACGAGGAGAAAUCCAAAAUGCUGUCCCGCCUGCUGAACAGCUCCCACCCUGAGGACCUGAAAGCCGCCAACAAACUCAUUAAGGAAAUGGUGCAGGAGGAUCAGAGGCGAGCAGAGAAGGUGUCGAAGCGGGUGAAUGCCAUCCAGGAGGUGAAGGAGAGCGUGGCUCUGCUGACUCAGCUCCUGCAGGACUAUGACAGCAGCACGGCCAGCCAGAGCAAUGAUGAACUCAUCCAGGAUCUCUACCAGCGCUGUGAGAAGAUGAGACCCACACUCUUCAGACUGGCAAGCGACACAGAAGACAACGAUGAAGCUUUGGCUGAGAUCCUGCAGGCCAACGACAGCCUGACGCAUGUCAUCAACCUGUACAAGCAGCAGGUGAAGGGGGAGAUUGUAAACGGAAACAACACGUUAAAUGCGCAGAAACCAACAGGGGGAGGGACAGCACUGCUGGAUCUGUCAGGUCUGGACACGUCUCCCCAGUCGCCUCCCUCCUUUCCAGAGUUUCCCACUCCUACAGACGGCCUCAGCGCCCCCUCGCAGGAGAUGGGGAUCAGUCUCCUUGACGACGAGCUGAUGUCACUUGGUUUAAGUGACGGAACGCACGCCUCCAACCCCCCCUCCCAGCCUGAGGACUCCACAGCGUGGGACUCCUUCCAGUCCUCUGAGAGCACGGAGCCAGACCUCCCAGCAGCUCCCAGCCUCCUCCUGAGUCCCGACCCCCCCUCUCAGCCCCACUCUUCUGGUUCCACCCCCGGGAAUUCUGCUCUGGACGAGCUGGACCUGCUGGGAAAGACGCUGCUGCAGCAGUCGUUGCCUCCUGAGGGUCUGCAGGUCAAAUGGGACAAGCAGCAGUCCAAACCGACUCUGAGAGACCUCCAGAACAAAUCCUGCACGAGCUCCUCUGUAGCCUUCACUCCCGAGCAUCCUGCUCGUCUUCCUAACCUCGGAGCCACGCUGCUGGAAAAAUCCCCAACUCACUUCCAAGCUCCCUCUGCAGAAGUUUCACUAAGUAAUGUGGUUGUUCCCUUAGAAUCCAUUAAGCCCAGUAGUCUCUUACCUGUAACCGUGUUUGAUGGAAACAGUCUGCGGGUUCUCUUCCAUUUUGCUCGUGACUCGCCUCCGUCUCGGCCUGACGUGCUGGUGGUGAUCAUCUCCAUGCUGUCGUCCGCCCCCAUCCCCGUCACCAAUAUCAACUUCCAGACAACUGCUCCAAAGUCCAUGGCGGUAAAACUGCAGCCUCCAUCAGGAACUGAGCUCCCGGCGUUCAACCCCAUCCUCCCCCCUGCUGCCAUCACACAGAUCCUGCUGGUAUCAAACCCAAACAAGGAGAAAGUGAAGCUGCAGUACACGCUAUCCUUCAGCUUAGGGGAGGAGCGGCACAGCGAGAGCGGCAGCAUAGAACAGUUUCCUCCUCCGGGGAAGUGGGGGCAGCUAUAGCAUCCAAACACAACCUGAAACCAAGAAACUUUUUGCUUUGAGAUGUGCCCCCCCCCUCAAAACUGUCCAGCACCACACUGGUUGGAAAACGGUUUCUUUUACAAUCAGACUGUACUGAAUUCAUUUGGGUUACUCAGUCAUGUGCUUUACAUCAGUCAGCUGUUGUCUGCUGGACAUUGCUGCACUCUUUAUUUUAAACUGCAACGAAGACGAGGUGAGCUUACUCAUUAGCUGUGCUAGAUGUUUUUUUUCCGCUCCUUCACCUCAGCAUGCCUGUGAACACUGGACUCAUGCUUGCAGAAAUCCCGCUCAGUAAACAUUAGUUAGUUUGCAGAAAGACAAAAGGCUGUACUCAACUUUAUGUGGUGUUUCUGUUCUGUUUAACAUUUUGAUUCCAGAGAAUGAUUGUUUUGGAAGUACUGUAUUCCCUCUAUCUGGUGUAAGGAAAAGUCUACUGUGAUGUGUGUUCUCUGCCAUAUGUGCCUAUUUUACCAUUGUAACUUUAUUUAAAGUUAAGUGAUUUUUGAAUGAUUUCAUCUGUUACACGUCCAUGUUCUGUCUGAUCAGCUACAUCCUAAUAUAUUCAUCAUGUUUGAUACUGUUAACUUAAAAUGGGACUUCUUCAUUUGACUUAUUUUAACGUUGAAGCAUUUAUCUUGAACUGUAGAGUAUAUGCAAGCUGAGCCGCUCUCAGCACAGCGCCCCAUUCGGACCCGACCGGCUCCUUUCUGCAGUCACCGAUGCAUGUCGGCUUCUCUGCAAGCCACGCCCCCAACAUUCCACUGCACUGAUUCCCAAUAAAUGCCAGCGAUAGCAGAUUGGUUCUGUGCGUCUGACCUGUGCAGUCUGCAAGAGCAGAAAUAAAUGUCCUUUUUCUGCUAUUUCAAAAUGACAUUGGUUUCCAUUGAAGAAAAAUGAAAUCUAUUUAUGAAAAUGUGCUUUUUAUGAAAUGACAUCCAACAACCCAUGAAUGAAUCUUUAGUUUUUGCAGAUCAUGUAUAAAACUUCUUUACUCUCUCUAUACAAAAUGUCUUGUUCUUAUUUCUGUAUUGACAAAAAUAAAAAGAUGAGGCAAUCCUG